AUGAUAGCCAUUAGUGGCUCGGUGCUAGGCGGUCCCAUCAAUGCAUCUGGAUUUCCUGCAGCACGAGUACUUACUCAACUUCCCAAGGAAACUUGGUUGGAGAGCAUUGUUGUACGCCGUAAUGGCGAUAUUCUUGCGACAAGCCUCUUCUACUCCUCGAAUAUUUUCACAGUAACCCGACCAUCCUUUCGCACAGAUAACAAGGCUAAAGUUCUCGCCUCCGUUCCGGAGGUUAAUAGCCUCCUCGGCAUAACUGAAUUGCCUGCGUCAUAUGGCGAAGAGGCUUUCUUCUUUGUUGGUGGCAAUUUCACCAGUCUGACAACUUUCACUACAACAGUUGGUUCAUUCAAAGGCUUUAAACUCACCUUUGAUCGAUAUGGCAAGGCGACUGUUAAAAAGGUCAGCGAUCUCGCACCAAUUUCGUCAUUUCCUAACGGUGUGACUGCUAUUCCACAGGCCCCUGGGUCUGUGCUUAUCGCCGAUUCUUUCGUUGGGGCCAUUGGCCGUCUAGAUCUCUCAACUGGCCACUACGACCCUAAAGCUUUUGCAUUUCAAGAAAUGACAGUGCCCGAGGGUGCACCGGUGCCGAUUGGUGUGAGCGCUAUGAGGAUAAAAGGGUCUUAUCUAUACUUUGGAAAUCCUUCGACUCAGUCAAUCUAUAAGGUCAAGGUUGAUUCCAAAGGAUAUCUUGUCAAAAGAGCUCAGCCCUCCUUGGUUGCAAACAUUUCAUCCGUGGCACCCGGUCUUGAUGAUUUCAUAUUCGAUUCUCACGGCAAUAUUCUUCUCGCCACAAACAGCCCUGAGAACGCAAUCGUUCAUGUUGAUGUCAAGACUGGGAAAAGCAAGCGUAUAAUUGGAGGUCCGACCGAUCCUUUAAUGCCUGAUUCAACAUGUCUGGCGUUUGGACGAGGUACUUUUGAUACCAAUACAUUCUAUGUCUCUACGGGAAGGAAUAUCUCAGAUCCGACUACUUCGGCCAGAAUUGUCGCAGUUGAUGCUAGCUUGUUAAACUAUUAG